AUAUGUUUCUUUCUAUCGUCGUGUUUCGUUUUCGCGUCUUUGUUGGAGUUUUUGUACAGUCUGGGUUACAUUCAUGGAUUCUUCAAGGAAGCAGCCGAAGGGACACUUUUUUAAAACUGCUGUUAGUUCAGACUCGAGAGAAUGGCCCUGUCGUCGUUUGCUGCACGUCUGAACCCUCUCUGUACGCCGAGACAGGGCCCAAAAGUUUACGAAGAAUUACAGCCGCACAAAAUCCAAUCCGGAGUCCAUCACAUGCGGCUCGAAGAAUACCGGAAACGCAAUCAGAGCCUGCAACGUCGCCGGAAUGGGCAGAAAGAGCUCAGACAGCAGGACCUGAAUGUAUUGCGAGCUCACUGAACGGACGGACGGUGCUCGGAUGCUCAUCGAUAGCAUCGAGGAAAGCAGCGAGAUUCGAGAAGAGGCAGCGAUUUUGCAGCUGCUGCAGCAACGACAUGCGAAUGGCUGCAGCAGGGGAAUUGAGGAGGCUGGCCCUGGCCUGUUGCAAGCUGUACAUCUCGGACAGCAAAAACGUGAAGGCCCUGGAGACGAUAGAGAGAGCUGCGAGAAGCCAGAGGCUGGCACCUCUGCUGCACAUUUUCGAGGACAAGGAGUACAACAGAGUCGGUUACACAUUAGCCGGACCCAUCCCAUUCCCUGCUCAUGAUCAAAAGAAACAUCCGUUCGUGCCCGAGAAGACUCUCCCGAUUCGAUCUGCGGUGAUGGCGAUGGUGAAGGCAGCGGUGGACAGCAUCGACCUUCAAGAGCACGUGGGCUCCCACCCUCGCCUGGGAGUCGUGGACCACCUCUGCUUCCACGCCAUAGGAUCUGCUUCUCUGGAACAGGCGGCCUCUUUGGCUCGCACCGUAGCUGCAGACAUUGCGUCUGAUCUUCAAGUUCCUACCUUCGUGUACGGUGCAGCUCACGAAGACAGAAGACCCUUGGAUGCCAUCAGAAGAGAGCUCGGGUACUUUCGAUGCAAUUCGCUGGGACAUUGGGAGGGGACACCCGAGCUCCCGUCAGAAUUGUCACCCGAUUUCGGGCCCAGCAUAGCUUCCCCCAAGACGGGAGUGGUGGUUGUAGGUGCUUGUCCUUGGGUGAUGAACUACAAUGUUCCAAUUCAGUCGACGGAUUUGGUGACAGGGCGGAAGAUUGCGAGGAAGGUGAGCGAGAGAGGGGGCGGUCUUGCAGACGUCCAGGCCAUGGCUUUGUUGCACGGAGAGGCCAGGAUGGAGAUUGCUUGCAACCUUCUCGAUGUGCAGAAGUCCAGUCCCCAGAUGGUGCAGAACUUGGUGGCCUCGCUGGGUGAGAGUGCAGGUGUUGAUGUCGGUCAGGGGUACUUGACAGGGCAGUCAGACGAGGAAAUCUUCGAACUGGCCUUGGAGAAGCUGUUUACGUUUCAGUAGCUCUACAUUCAGGGAACAGAACUCGAUACAUGUGCAGAGGGGACUUCAUUCACAUCGGGCACUCCGUUCGACCACCGAGAGAAACUAAUUUCUGCCAGACACUGUCCCACAGCGGAUUACAUUGAGAUGUGAGGUUUCAUGUGUACUUAGAGACGCAUUUUUCUGUAUUGGCCUUCUUUCUAUCAGCAAACCAGAUCAUCAAUGCAUGACUAGCUCGUCCCAAGGAGGAAAUAUUGUCAUUUCUAGAGAAAUUCAGAAAUUCUGUACUAACAGCAACCGUGACUUCGACGACAGAUAUGUGAGGCAGAUCGCGAGACUGGACCUUUCUGGAAACCUUAGGAAACCUCAUCUGCACUAGAGACCGUGCAAUUCAAUGUCAAAUUAUAUGGACCAGAUCCAUACCAAAAACUGUACGCACCUCC